GUAUAGGGCUCGAGAGGAAGAGUGAAAGUUUAAGAAAGUGAGAAAGAAAGAUGGAUGGACAGAUAGAUAGAUAGAUGGAUAGAUUGAUUGAUAGAGAAAGAGAGAAAGAGGGGAGUUUGGGACGAUAAGGCGAAACGUAUCCUAACAGAGAAGCCAAAAGGAGGUUGGCAGAGGGUGAUAGCGAGGGGGUUGCGAAACGGGGAUGGGUAUGCGGAGAAGGUGAGUGGCGCGCAGUAUCCGAAGCGUCGGAAAAUACCGUCGACGACGGCGUCGACGUCGGACAGUGCUGGUGAACGAAGCUGUCUGUUCGGUAGUGAGAAAGUGUGCCCUUUGAAGGGUUGCCGUGCCAGGAACAGCGAGAGGCAUCGACUCCUGGCCCGAGACAAACCCUCCUUGACGAUGUCCGCGGAUCCUGUCGACGGCCUUUCCGUCGACGUCGUUCCAUCCGCUCCACGCGACGAGUACAUCGUUCUUCCCAUCUUUAGAUCAACCCUCGUGAAUAUACGUUAGGUGGAAUUCGACGUCCCUCGGAAGAGGAAUACAUGCGUGACCAACGUACACGGUAGCCGCGACAAACGCGAAGAAAAUAUCGCGCGAACACGCGCAAAGAUUUUUAUCGCAUGGAAUUAACAUAAAAACAUGGAACUCUCGAUCGCGAUUUUAACGAAAUAUCGCGAGUCAAAAGGCGAAUCAUUGUGGUCGCAGAAAUGAAAAGCACGCGCGUACCUGCGUUUUGCUUUCACUUUCACCUUCUCCGGAUACUCGUAUCAGUAAGUUACGCUUGCUUUCUGGCAGCUCGAUGUCGAGGUGCAAGGACCUAUCGAGAUGACGUCCUCUUCUACCUGCUGACGUAAUUCCGGAGGAUGCAUCGCAGGAUGUGGCUGCAGCAGACGUUUCUCUUGCUGCAAAUGCUUCACCUGAUUGCUUGGGCCAGUCUUGAAAAUACAGGGCUCUCUGACAGAUUAGAAAAUGUGACGCAAACUAUAUCGCGGAUCCUCGAUGGUUACGAUAUUCGAUUGAGGCCAAAUUUCGGCGGAGAGCCCCUGUUGGUUGGCAUGGACCUUACGAUCGCGAGCUUCGAUGCAAUCUCGGAAGUAAACAUGGAUUAUACGAUAACGAUGUAUUUAAAUCAGUAUUGGAAGGACGAGAGACUGGCGUUUUCUCAAGAAGAGGAGGUUCUCACUCUCAGCGGAGAUUUUGCGGAAAAGAUUUGGGUUCCAGACACGUUUUUCGCCAACGACAAAAACAGUUUCCUACACGACGUGACCGAGCGCAAUAAACUCGUUCGGUUGUCCGGAGACGGAUCUGUCACUUAUGGCAUGAGAUUCACGACGACCCUGGCCUGCAUGAUGGAUCUGCACUACUAUCCGCUGGAUUCGCAGAACUGCACCGUAGAGAUCGAAAGCUACGGAUACACUGUGCUGGACGUGGUAAUGUAUUGGAAACAAACGCCGGUCCGUGGUGUGGAAGAGGCGGAACUGCCACAAUUCACGAUAAUCGGUUACGAAACGAACGAUCGCAAAGAGAGGCUGGCCACUGGUAUAUACCAGAGAUUAUCGUUAAGCUUCAAGCUUCAAAGGAACAUCGGAUACUUCGUUUUCCAGACCUAUUUACCUAGUAUCUUGAUCGUGAUGCUAAGCUGGGUCAGUUUUUGGAUAAAUCACGAAGCAACCAGUGCUAGAGUAGCUCUCGGUAUAACGACAGUCCUCACAAUGACCACGAUAUCCACAGGUGUACGUAGUUCACUGCCACGUAUCAGCUACGUGAAAGCUAUCGACAUUUACUUAGUAAUGUGUUUCGUUUUCGUGUUCGCUGCUCUCCUCGAGUAUGCAGCGGUCAAUUACACUUAUUGGGGCGCCAGAGCCAAAAAGAAGACAAAAAAGAAAGAAACCGACGAGAAAAAAGUAAUUUCCUCGAAAUCAGGAAGCAAAGCAAGUUCUCCUUUUCCUGGCUCAACGGAAGCGGACAUAAUAGAGCUUCAAGAUCUCAGAAUGUCUCCCCUGCCAAGUAUAAGAAACAGAUCAGGCCUAGUUAGUAGUAGUUCGACGCCUGGAACCGGAAGAGAACAUGAUCCGGCCAAGUUUCCUCCUAGCUUUCGAAUUUCCAGAGUCGCGGCCUACAAUACAUACGGGAGAAACGCUGGCCUCAGAUACAGAGGCCCUAAACAACAUAAACCUAAGGUACUACACGCGAUACGGAGAGGAGCAUCCGUAUUGCGCGUGUCGAUGCCGAAGAUCAAAGACGUGAACAUUAUCGACAAAUAUUCGAGAAUUAUAUUUCCCGUCAGUUUUAUGCUGUUCAAUGCCAUUUACUGGGUAUUCUAUUUCCUCUGAGCCUAGCCGUCGCAACAGUCUCAUGCCAUCUGCCGUACGAAGAGAGAUGAAAAAAAAAAAAGAAAAAAAUGGACCAAUCCAUAAUCGAGAAUUUCCAAGAGUCUCAAUGAAAAGGGAAUCAAUUCUAUUUGAACUUGAAUCAAAUUUUGAAAUUAGAUUCCGAAUAGAGUCGACGUUCGGGCCACGAUUGAAAUCGAAAUCUUCAUCAUUUUCGAUCGAAGGGAGCAGGUAUCGAAAGUACUGAAUCGAAAGCUGCCAAUAUUUAUCGACGAGGAAAUAUUUUCAAGGUAUAUCGAUUUAUAAUCUUCAGACGUAAUAAUAUUUUAGAAAAUACGUUCCUAUUCGAUAUUUCAAUUCGAAUGGAUUGCAGUGCGCGGUGCAAAUGGUACUGUUAUUCGAGAAUUUUGUUUUUUUAAAUAAGGUCAGCUGGAAAGAUCAUUUAAAAAUCGAUAACUUUCUUUUUUACCUGUCAUUUACGAAUCAAGCGAUUAACGGUUCAUCUAAAACAAAUUGAGAUUGCAACGAAAGCCAGAGACCGUACUUCGAAAUUAAAAAAUCGUCAACUCCCGUAAUUGUUGCUGGUAUCGGUAUCUGAUGGUAUUUCCACUCAAAUCGAGAAAAGUCGUUAAAUCAACAAAAAUCGUUCGAAAUGAGAGAAGCAUAAAUUUUAGAAGCAUAUAUCAUAAAUUAGAGUAGUUCUCGAUUAAAACUGCUAAUUAUCAUUACUGUAGGUAAAAGAUAAUGUCACUGUUGUCGAUAAUGUCAAUAUUUUCCAAAGCGUGUCUCAUACGUGUUAUCAUACGAGGUUAUCUUAAAACUAUACAGUAGGACUCCGUUCAUAUGAACUUGUGGAGAGACAAGUUGGUUCGGUUAACCAGAAGAUGUAUUCUAUAUAAUAAUCGUCUUUCGUUCUGUUAACGAGAUAAAUAUUUUAUGGAUUAAUAGGAUUGAUAGGAUUAAUAGAUUCCAAAAAUUUGCUCCUGCUACAAACUUGUAUCGACUGCGAAGCAUGUGCCCAAAGUUGGAUUCCCUAUGUCCAUAUAGACUUUACGAUCGAUUAUACAGCGACAGUUUGUUUCUAGACGAUGGUUUGGAAAGUCUACUAGUAAAUCGGUGCUUGUCUUUCCUUUUAAGUCUAAUUUCUUCUACCUUUUUCCGAAUGAUAUCUUAUUAGACGUUAGACGUUCGUAUAGAUCGCAAGUAUACAAUUUCAUGUAUAUAAACGGAGUUCCACUGUAUCUUCAAAAUUUUUACUUUCGAUAAAUAAAUAAUACAAAAUAAAUAAUCGCAACGAUUGUAAAUCUUUUUAUUUAUACGUCAACAUCUUUCGAUACAUGUACCAUACACGACUGUCGAAAUGAAUGUAUACAUUUUUUAACCUGAGUGUGUAUAUGUAUACGUACAUUACAAUGUUAUAUACAUAUACAUGGUUUAACAAUUAAUAAUCCAAUUGUUGAUAAACAUCUGUUCAUUUACACGAACGACGACAGUCUUUAAUACGUACACGAAAUUAGACUUAAUCUUCCAUUCGUUGGUAAUCUGUAUGAAUUUGGAAAAGUUUAGUUCUCCAUUCCUCCAACGUUAAUUGUAAAACAUCAAUUCGAGAAAUCGUCAUACAGCUUACACUCUCUAUAUUUUCGACGAUAAUAAGUAAAAAUUGGUUUGAUAAAAAUUCCCAUACGUCACACACGGCGCACUAUUUCUCAAUGUAGAACAGUACAGGCAUGGUAGUUGUAAAUGGAAAACGAAGAAGGAGAAAAAACAGAAUAAAAAAAGUAUUUUCGGUAUCAUUAGUCCAAAGCUUAAGAAAUCGUUCGAGCUUUAAUUUGAACGGUGAGAACGACGAGAAAAGAUGAUCUAACGAAUGUGAGUACGCGUGAGUGAGAAGAGAAAAAAAAACUGUCUUUUUCUAGGGAAUAUUUUUCUGAAACAUUGAAAAUGCGAUCCUUAUAGAUUGCGCGUGGUAAUGUUAAUUAUUUUAAUAUAAAUCGUAUCUGUAAUUUUAAGGCAAAUUAAAUUUAGCGACUUAAACAACUGUA